UUCCGAUAAAAUGUGACUCAGCAGUCAGCUACGAGCUGGUCGGACGCAACCGGCCCAUUCAGGACUGCACUCUCAGCAGAUUUGCAACAAUUAAAACUUAGGAUUCGUCGCCGUAGUUCUUCUAGCUUAGUUGACUUUAAGCCGCGCACGGAGAAGGUCGUGUCACUGAUCGCUUCUCCUCGUUCGUGAUAUUCGACUAGUGACUGGUCGGUCAGUGAUAACGCUAUCUACAUCCGGAUAUUCCCGAAUUAUAAUGCAUCGGAUUACCUAAUUGUUUAUCAUUCGUUAUCAAUCGCCGGAUUUUCGAAACGUUCAGUGAUCGCCGUCGUUUGGUGAGUGACGCUUGGUUGUGGAAGAUGCCAGUGCUCGGCGUCGGCAUGGCUCAGGAAAUCGGACUGCGCUACUGUCCCACUACUGAUUACAUUCUACCGGGGGGGUACUGGGAGAAGAACUCCGUCCAGUAUAACAUGACCUACCACAGGCAGCACGACGAUGCACAGUGUAACAACACAGUGUCAUACAACACAGAUAGUGAUAUGCAGCUUGAAACGAGCAGUAGUGAGGCGAGUGCUAGCUCGACCGUGCUGUCCCAACACUGCGCUAUAUGUGGGGACCGAGCCACCGGCAAGCACUAUGGAGCGUCCUCGUGCGACGGAUGCAAGGGGUUCUUCAGACGUAGCGUCAGAAAAAACCAUCUCUAUACAUGCAGGUUCAGCAGGAAUUGUGUAGUUGACAAGGACAAACGAAAUCAGUGCAGAUAUUGCAGACUUAGGAAGUGCUUUAAGGCCGGCAUGAAGAAAGAGGCGGUCCAGAACGAACGUGAUCGUAUUAACUGCAGACGGCCGUCUUACGAGGAGCCGGCUCAGGCGAACGGACUGUCAGUCGUGUCGCUGUUGAACGCUGAACUACUCAGUAGGAAAGUCAUUGACGAGACAAACAACGUAACAGACGCCGAGAUAAACAACCGAAAGUUGGCUAAGAUCAAUGACGUGUGUGACUCCAUCAAACAGCAACUACUCAUUCUGGUGGAGUGGGCCAAGUACAUACCCGCCUUCACGGAGCUGCACUUGGACGAUCAGGUGGCGCUGCUGCGGGCCCACGCUGGCGAACACCUGCUGCUGGGUUGUGCUCGUCGGUCGCUCCACCUGCGAGACGUGCUGCUCCUGGGAAACAACUGCAUCAUCACCAAACACCAUCUCGACGGCAGAAUGGAUAUAGACAUCAGCAUGAUCGGCAUGAGGGUGAUGGAUGAGAUCGUCAAACCGCUCCGGGAGAUCGACAUAGACGACACGGAGUUCGCCUGCCUUAAGGCCAUCGUCUUCUUCGAUCCGAACGCCAAGGGUCUCUCUCAGCCGCAGAAGAUCAAGCAACUCCGUUACCAGAUCCAAAUCAACCUGGAGGACUACAUCAGCGACCGUCAAUACGACGGGCGCGGGCGGUUCGGCGAACUGCUGCUGUGUCUGCCGCCGCUGCAGAGCAUCACCUGGCAGAUGAUCGAGCAGAUACAGUUCGCAAAACUGUUCGGAGUCGCGCACAUCGACAGCCUGCUGCAGGAGAUGCUGUUGGGAGGAGCAUCAACAGAAGCGACGCUCGACGAGAGUUCAGCGGGCGGGGAGGGGUCCGCGGGGGUCGGGGGCGACUCGGCGGCCGCGGGGGUUGCCGGGGGACACGCCUCGCCACCACUCGUGCCCCAACUGCCUCCCGGUGAACAUGUGUUUGACGCGACCUUCAAACAGGAGCCCAACAUGAGUCCAGAACAUACAGCCCGAGUACUGAAGACCUCGGAUAUAACACUGUUAUAGUGUGUCUUACCUAUAAACAAACACUUCUCACUCAACUAUGUUAAUAUUUUUACAUCUGACGGAACACAUUUUGGCAGGCCACUGCGCUGAUGUGGUCAGGCACAAACCAAUUAUACAUAAUCUGUUCUUAAAUAUACAAAUUCACGUUCAAAGUUAUAUUUAGUGGCAUUGCUAGUCUGUAACAAUGUUGCCAGAAUGUUUAUUACAAAAACAUUUAACCUUUUUACUGGUUAUGUAUACUAAUAGUAGAUUGUCUAUAUACAAGUAUAUACUCUAAAUUAAAAUAUAUAUAUAUUUUGUAAUUUAUCAGAUCAUAGUUUUAUGUGAAAUCAUAUAUUUUUGAAUUAUGUAUAUGUUGUAAUAACUUGUAGAUGUAAGUUUCUUCACAAGUGCAAUUAUUGUCAGUCGGCUGUGUGGAAUGACUAAAACUGUUAAAAUUAUAUGAAGUGACGACUAUUUUAUUAUACAUAUUUAUAAUGUUUACAUUAAUUGUAUACAACAUUUUAACUUUUUGGAUAAAAAUGUUUCUUAUAAUAAUGUUAUGAUUAAAAUUAUAUGACUAUCGGUUGAUGUUAAAUUAAGUUACCAAUUAUAGUAAAUACAGGCGAUGGAUCUGUUGCCUCGGACAAGUUUCAUGCAAGUUCUUUAAUUGUAUUAGUAUUGAGAGUGCCGAUGAGUUUAUCUCAUGUAUACUAAGAUCUAUAUUUUUUACCUACUAAUAUAUUUGCUGUAGACUGAAUAUAAAUUUGCCAGAUGUAGGUAUCUAGUGUUAAUUAGUUUGUAUCGUAUCAGUAAUAAUGCUCAAUAUAUAUUGGAUAGGGUGGGUCUUUAAAGUGUAAACCAAACGGUGAAAGUUAAAUUAGUUCUUAAAUGGGUGUGUCAUUAGACAGCUAAGUGUAAUAGGUGCCUUACUUCCCUAGAGGUGUAUUGUUGAUUGUACAUACCAUGUUAUGACCUGUUUUUUUUAGAAUAUAUUGAAAAAUUAAAUAAUCUGUUACAAA